GUAAUUCGGACACCGGCACCAGGCGUGCCAGCUGCAGUGGAGAGUCCCGCGCCUGCGCGGGAGACCCCGGGGGCUCCAGCUGCAGACCCCCGGGAGCUCCUGGUGUCACAGUUUCGCUUGGUGCCGGUCACCGCGGACACUUUCGCCAAGUUCAAACCGAGGGCGAACGUGUCCGAGAAGGAAGUCGCGUCCCCAGCGCUCGGUGUGCAUGAGGUCAUGAAUUUGUCGAGCGUCUGGCCACGCCUCGGGUAUUGUCGCCGUGGGCAGAGCUUGAUUCCCCAGAUCCCGGACAGCGUCUGCGACUGGCGUGCGUGCGUGGAGGUCGACGGGACGGCCUACAACGUCGACCGCCUGCUCCUGGGGCGCCAGGCGGCCGUGGAGAG